ACGUGCUCGAGGUGCGGCGACCUGAACCGAAGGAAAAGGGACGGAUCGCGGGGACACCGCUCAGAAAGCGCGUGUCGCGGAGCGCAGACACGGGUCCGACGAGCCGCUGGACCAGAGCCUGGGACACGCGGUGGAGCGCUGAGAAACCCUGACAUGAACCUCAGUUCAUCACUCAUCUCUUGCGCACUCAUCAUCUCCCUGGUCUGUGGGACAACCAGCUCAGCAUUUGAGAUCACGGUUCCCCAAGAGCCCCAGGUAGCAGUUUUCGGCCACUCCAUGGUUCUGCCCUGCACAUUCUCUUUGGGUGGGUCCUGGGACUCAAAGAGCAUCAUCAUCACCUGGCAGCGAGGUCUGGAGGUCAUCCAUAGCUUCUACUUCGGCCAGGAUCAGCUGGAAAGGCAGAGCCAUCACUAUGCCAACCGUACCAGGCUGUACCACUCACAGCUGCCCCGUGGGAAUGCUUCUCUCAGGCUGGAUUACGUGACCUCGGAGGACCGCGGUGACUAUACCUGCUUUGUCAGCACUCUCAUGGGGAGCCAGAAAAAAACAUUUCCUGUGAAGUUUGCAGCUUUCUACACAGAGCCCCGCGUCCAGCUAACUGUGUCCCACCAGAAGGUCCAACUGCUCCUGACCUCCCAGGGGUACCCCAAGCCUUGGCUACAGUGGCUGGAUGAGGAUGGCCGAGACGUCACCAGCGAAACGGAGAUGGAAAUCCUCGACGACGUCCAUGGCCUUUACGCUGUGUCCAGCAGACUGUUGCGGGAGCCCAGGGCCAACAAAACACUGACCUUCAUCCUGAGGAACGAGGUCCUCAACCAGGAGGUCCGGAGGGAGCUGACUCUGUUGUCAGGAGCAGAGGAUGCUGCCCAGGGUUGUGAGCACUGCAGACCUGCUCUCUACAUUUGGCUGAUCCUUGGAGGAGCCGUGCUGGUAGCCGUGUUGGUAGCCGUGUUGGUGCUCAUGCUGAGGAAGCCCUGCUCCAGCAAAGCUAAAGCUUACCUGUCCAGUCCAACUUGUCCCUGUCCCAGCAGUCCCACCGGGGCAUGUCCAGAACAGGCCCCCUUUCAGUCUCCCGCGUGAAGAAGAUGGACCUUCGCACGCCGCGUACUGCAGGACGUUGCACCUUCAUGUUGAUGUGACUCCUUGUCCUGUCUUUUCCGUGGACCUGUUUGCUUUUUAACUCCAGAUUUUCUUAAUGCAGAAAUACUUUUUUAUAAAUUACCUGCCUUCUGAGCUAUGGAUGGAUCAUGUUCAACGUCCAGCAGGAGUGUUCUGGUUCUCUGAACUUGGUCUUUGGUACUUUCCUAAUGGCAGCUACUGGAUCAAAUGAUAUCUUCAUUUUUUACUCACGCCCAACAGAUUUAUUUUUGUAUAGGGUAGGCUCCGGUUCCCCGUGACCCCGUAUGGGACGAGCGGUUCAGAAAAUGUGUGUGUGUGUGUGUGUUGUUGUAUUUCCACUUGAAUAGAUUUUUACACGGAA